AUAUGGGAUUUCGAGACAAUUGACACUGCUGAUACGAUAGAUGACACUGGAUUGCUAGAGAUCGAACCUAUUAAUGAACUUCAAGUAGACAAGAAUGUCGAUCUUUUCUCUAUGAUAAAAAUGAAUGAAACUGGAAAUAACUUUUGGUUGGCCCAGGACGCCAAUGGAGCCAUAUGGAAGCUUGACCUUAGUUUUUCAAAUAUCACCCAGGAUCCAGAAUGCCUCUUUGCUUUUCAUUCGGGAGCUGUCGAAGCCUUGGCCAUUUCUCCUAUCACUUACCUCAUGGCCACAGUUGCCCUGGACUGCUCUAUUCGAAUCUAUGAUUUUGCUGGCAAAGCUCCUUUGGUUCAGAUGAAAUUCAAACAAGGAGGUACAGCCCUUGCUUGGGUACCCCGGCUGAUAAACUACGCGGGAGCGCAAAUUAUCGCAGGAUUUGAAGAUGGGGUUGUUCGAAUUCUGGAGCUUUAUGAUCCAAAAGGGCUCACAAUUUUUGCAGGAAGGAAGAAAAUUUUAGAUGCAGAGAUCUAUUUGAAGCAGGUUUUCAAACCCCAUACUGCUUGUGUCACUGCUUUAGCUUAUGAACGUGACGGAGAAAUCCUAGCCACAGGGAGUAAAGAUAACACCGUCUUCUUCUUCGAAGUGGAAAAGGAUUAUAAGCCAGUUGGUUAUAUCAAGACUCCUGGACCUGUUUGCCAGUUAGAGUGGUCUUCGCUCUCUCAUGUUGAAAGUACUUUACUGAUCAUCUGUGAGAAUGGCUACAUUCUGGAGGCUCCGUUGCCAACCAUCAAGGAAGACGUGGAUGAUCGAGAUGUAGCCUCCUAUGAAAUCAAAGACAUGUGCCUACAAUGUUUCCAUUUCUCAAGUGUCAAAUCUAAGAUUCUGAGAUUAUUGGAAAUUGAAAGGAGAGAGAAACAAAAGGAGCUGAGGGAGAAGGAAAAGGAAGAGAGGAGGAAGAAGCUAGCAGAAGAGAUGGGAGGUGAUGGAGAAAAAGAAUUUCAGGGUGGAGAGGAGGAAGAAGAGGAAGAAGAGCCAUUACCUGAAAUCUUUAUUCCGCCAACCCCCAGUCCCAUCCUCUGUGGAUUUUAUUCUGAGCCAGGAAAGUUCUGGGUUUCUUUGGGCGGCUAUGAUUCAGGUUUUCUGUAUCACUGUAAGUUUCCCCCAUGUGACAAAGACAGUGAUUUCAAAGAACAAAACGAUGAGCCUUUUGAUUUUCGUUAUCUUGAGGAUACAGAUGACAAUCCAAUCCAAACUAUCACUUUCAGCACUAGCAAAACUAUGAUGUUUUGUGGAAUGCGAGAUGGAGCCAUUCGAGUUUACGUCCUAAGUGAGAACGAUCCGUCCCUGACCAGCUUAGAGGACUACUGGCACUUCAGCGUCCACGACAAUAACUACGGAUGUGUUAGAAACAUCUCUACUAGCUUCGAUGAUCGUUUCCUGGUGACUACCGGAGCGGAUAGUAAUAUCUUUGUUUUCAGCAUUUUUUCUGAAUUAAUGUUAAAGAAAGGCAUCAAAGCCAAAGUACCGUCUCCCAGGCUUGGAAUUGAAGCAGAGUCAAUUCCAGAAGAUAUUGAAGAUCCCAAAGCAUACAGUAUUGAGACUGCCCGGAGAAAAAGAGAAUAUGACAAGUUAAUGAAAGAAGUGGAAGAAAUAAAGGCUGAGAAGAGAGAACAAAUCAAAGUUUUGAGGAAUGAGUUUUGCAAACUAUUAGAAAUGAAUAAAGAGUUACCAAAUCACAUGCAGUUUAAGCGAACAGAUUUUGAUCUAGAUUCCAAAAUUCGUGCUGAAAUUCACAGAAAAACAGCUUACAAAAUUCAUCAAGUGGAAAAAGAAUUAGCUUGGGAGAAAGAGAAACAUGAGCUUGGCCUAAUGAAGCUACAGAAUAGAUUUCGCGAUCCAUUGGAAAGUGAUAUUAUUGUGGUUCACGCCAUACAAAGUGACCACAAGGUGGCCUCCUAUAGACUGGUGAAGCCCUCCAAGUACUCUAAGUUUAAACGGCCGAGUCAAACAGAGAGAAGAGCAAGCAAAAUGGAGAGGUUUGAAAAAGAGGGAAUUGGAAGAAAGGACAGCCAGAAAGAGACAGGUGAGACUAUUAGCGUACAAGAAGAAUCAAUAGUAGAAAAAGGGAAGCAAUUUCGGCCUAAAACCUUAAGUGAAAUUAUGGUGGAAAAUCAAAUUGAGAAAACCAAGAAACUUAUAUUAAAAGCUGAAAAGGCCCAUCUUAAGAUUCUGCAGAGAAAAAAAGAAUGGGAGGAACUAUACAAGAGUAGACCUGCUGAUGACUAUGAAGAUCCCAAAGAUGUUCAAGCCAUCAAAGAAGCCCAGGUGUUUAUGGGAGAUUUCAAUCUGAAGACAGCCCCAGACUACAAGAUACCGGAGCACAUGAGAAUAAAUGCUGCCAAGAAGAAAGAAGAACUGGGACACCUCGACUCCCUGGCCCAUGGAAAGAAAAUGCACAUGAACAAAUGCAUCCUCUCCCUUCGAGACCUUAAGGUGGCUGUUAUUGAGGAAAUACAGUGCCUCGUACAGGAACUGAGGAACAUUCAGUCGACUCUUCCCAAAUCCAAGCACACCCCCAUUCCCCAAGUCCCUCAGAUACAUCCGGAAGAAGUUCCAGAAAAGAGAUUUGAGUAUGAUGAGGAAACUCUCCUAACUUUUAAGCAACGUGUGAUAGAAAGUGAGAAUGAAAAGCCCCCCCCAAUGAAACAGGCAGUUUCUGGAGCCAUAGGUGGAGGAUUCCUCAAACCUUCUUCUGGAAAGGAUGGGGAUUUGUUGACACGAGAUUCAAUAACUAGAUCAUCAAAGGCGUCUGUACACAGUCUAGAUAGUUCAAGGCUCAUGGAAUUUGAAAGAGCGGAGACAACUGAAGUGGAGCUGGAGAUCAUGAAAAGGGACGAGAUCAAGCACUUGUACAUGCAAGAGUACUUGACCAAAAGGAUCCAAGAACUAAUUGUUACAUUCGAUGCCGAACUCAGGCUCCUGAGACAUCAGAAGCUGAAACUGGAUACUCAGAUGAAAUUGGCUGACUUGCACCAUGUUACCUUAUUUCAAGAAAUGCUUCUCCUCAAAAAUUUUGAAAAACAGGAAAACAUACUUCAAGAGCGUGUGAAUUCAUUAGACAAAGAGGAACAGGACAUGCAAUGGAAAAUUAAUGAAACUCUUAAAGAAAUGGAAGAGAAAAAGAAUGAAAUUGCAAGACUCUUAGAUCAAGAAAAGGCGCUCUACGCUGGUUUCCAAGCAGCCCUUGGAGAAAACAAUAAAUUUGCUAACUUCCUCACAAAGGUCCUAAAGAAGAAGAUUAAGCGGGUAAAGAAAAAAGAAGUUGAAGGAGAUGCCGAUGAAGAUGAAGAAAGUGAGGAAUCAAGUGAAGAAGAAUCCAGCUUGGAGGGAGAUGAGGAUGAGUCUGGCUCUGAAGAUGAAGUUUUUGAUGAUUCUAUCUGCCCAAUAAAUUGUGAUCCAUCCCUUUUCGAAUUGGUCCUUCAACUUCGAGAGAAAAGGCUGGACAUUGAGGAGGCCUUAGUUGAAGAAAAGAAAAUUGUCGAUAACCUCAAAAAGGAAUAUGAUACAUUGUCCAAAAAAGUGAAAGUCGUGGCCACUAAUCUGAAUGCAGCAGAGGAGGCCUUGGAGGCUUAUCAGCGAGAGAAGCAGCAGAGGCUAAAUGAACUGCUGGUGGCAUUUCCACUCAAGCUGCACCAGAUAGAGUAUGUGGUAUUUGGAGAAGUACCUACUGAUCUAUCUGGUACCUUGGUCUUUUCUAAUCACUCCUUGGGACGACUGCAAGAGCGAAUCAUUCAGCUCCAGGAAGAAAAUUCCAAGCAGCUAAAACUUAACAAAGAAUGCCGGGAGAGGCGGAAAAUGCUCAUCCGAGAAAAGAGAGAGAUGGCGAAAACGAUACAAAAAAUGGAGGAAACAGUUCGUAAGCUCAUGAUCAGCAAGUUUGGCCGUGUGAUAGACCUAGAAGCCCUUCAGACGCUUUCUGUUAAUACAACACUUGAAGAACUAAAGAUCAAAAAACUUCGAAAAGAGCUAUCAAACGCAAAAGAAAUGAAGUUGUGGGAGGAAAAGAUUGCUCAAGUGCGAUUUGAACUGAUGAUGAAGACGAAAGAACACACCAAAAAGCUGCAUCAGAUGAAUGACUUAUGUAUAGAGAAGAAGAAACUUGACACGCAGUUGAAUACGUUACAGAACCAGCAGGGCAAUGCCUUCCAGAGCCUUCGGAGAGCAGAUAUUGUGGCAAGAGAAAAGGUUACUGAAUUGAUCCAAGAGCAGGCGGAGAGGAUCUUGGCCUUAAAGGAAGAGAUCGCGCUGCUGCGCAAGAAAGGUGGUCUUAUCCUCCCACCCAUUCAGCCUUCCCAGGACGAAUGAAAGGAAACGCAUGGGCCUCGGCGCUUGCUGUUUUCUCAACUCCAUCCAAGAUUUCUGACAUCAUUCGCAAGCUUCCAUAACACCUGUACCGAUCCUAUGAUUUUAAGGUGAACUUCUCUAAGGUCUAAAACCAGAUUCCGUCACAUAGUUUUAAUAAUUGUUCUCUAAUUUGGUUAUCUUUGAACUGACUACGACACCUAACACCUACUUAUUAUUGAACUGAAUCAUUUUGGAUGCUUGGAACUUACUAGGUUGAACAUGAAGUCUCAGAAGGGUGCAUGUUACAAUUGCAAGAAAGCAUCUAUAAUACUAUAAAUUGUUUUGGGACAUUUGUUUUUCAGGUAUUCUGCAUUUUUAGCCAUCAUCAAGAGAAAUUGCCUUUCAGCGAUCCAUGAGAAAACUUGUUUCUUGAUCCUUAGAUCCUUAGAGAAUAAACCUUGAUGUUAUUAAGUAUUUUAUGAGAGAGAACAUGAGGAAAAAAGAGAACAAAUUUUGCCAAAAAUAUCUUAGAAUAAGAAAUGAAAAUUAGAAUUUGGAUAUUGUUGAUUUCAAAAAAUCAUCGAGGGCUCAAGGUUCAGGAAAUGCUGAUGGACAAAGCCGAGCAGUUUGCUUUUGUUUGCUCUGGCUGGCACGCAGUGAGGCAGCCAUCAGCUUCCUGAAUCACCCACAGUUUUUCCAAAUUCACUUGGGAGUGGAGCGUAGCUGUGCAUUUUGCACGGUGGUCAGUAGGGAGACUUCUCUCUCAAGAUUUGUACAGAUCAUCAGUAUUCUAAGUGUUCCCUGCAGUUUCUCACGUCAUAUGCCAUUUUCUUUCAAGUUUGACUGGAGUCAUUGGCUGAUUUUGAAACAGAUCAGAAAGUAGUGAAAUAGGUUUACAUCACUCUGAAGAUUAUUUCUAACAAUGACCUUCUUUUUUUUGGAGGUUUUUGAUACAGGGUGUGCGCGCUCACCAGAAAAAGAGAGA